AUGGCCAGCUCCUCACUCGGUCGCCAAGCCCUAUGGCAGCACUCCCAUAGCAUUACCAUCCUCUUCGCCGUCCUGCUCUUCACCGCCGGCUUCCUCUGCACGCUCCUCUGGACCAACGGCAUCGUCGAAACGGCAUCCAGCGUCACCACCAACACGCUGAACCAGUUCAGCCCUGCCGUCUCCACCUUCAGCAUCACUUACCAAGUAGCUAUCUUCGGCACGGCGUGGAACGCGCUCCUAUUCGUCUCGCUGCUCGUCCUCGAGCGCGAUGACAUCCCCAUCCCGACGCCGCGGCUGCGCUACGAGAUCGAAAAGGCGGCUUCCAUUGUCGCGGUGGUGGGGAAUGCGGUGUACGCGGUCGCGUGUAUUGCGCUGAUGGCGACGCUUGGGAGGCUCGCUGCGGACGCCAUGACGCCGAAGCCGGGCAUAAGUCCCGACGUAGCGGAGCGCGUGGCGCAAAGCGCGAGCGAUCGGCGCGCGGGUCAGGGGGUGACGGCGGCUGUUGCGGGGCUUGCGGCGGCUUCGGCGGUGUGUGCGUGCGUUAUGGAUGUGUUGCAUGCUCAGGAUAGUUCUCACAGACGCCUUAUCAAAGGCGGACCUCCGGCGGCUGAUUCUGCGGACAAGCAGGCUUGA